GCGAGGAUCGGAGGGCUGGUGGCUCUGUCCUCCCGACCUCUUCGCUGAGGUGUAAUUCACGUGCCACACGUACAAAAUUCGCCCGUGCCGUCCGUCAGCUCUAACCGAUGUGCAGGGUUCUACAGCCGCCCCGCGUGCCCGCGCGCGCCACCUGCUGUGUGGGGCGUUUCCUACGCGCACCGUGGACACGCGACAGCGCUGCGCGCCCGGCGCCUUUCACGGGCGUCCGUGUGCACCGCCGGGCUCUGGGACCGCGGGCGAGCGCUUCGCUGCCCUCCCUGGCACCGCGUCCUCGGCCGCUCCUAUGCGGCGGCGGAAGGAGACUUCCUGGGUGCAGAACAGCGAGGCCGGGAGGACCGGGCCGGGGUCCGGGUGUAGGUUUGGGGUGGGAAGGGGGCCGCCCGCAUCCCGCGGGAACCCCUGGAGAGCGGGCCGGCCGGGCUCGCGGAGGCACAGGGACGCCCGCGAGGGUCGGCGGCGCCUGGCUGCGUUGCGCUCCCGGCCGCAGGGGGCGGCCGCAGCGCGGCCCAAAGCCCUCCGCGGGUUGCUAGGCUGCCAUUUGGCGCUAAGAUGGGUGAGGCGCUGAUUGGUGGGGUCUGGACGAGGCGGGUGUCGGGUGUCGCAGCGACUGGGCCACAAAAAGAGUACCCCGGAGCUGCCGUCGCCAAUUGGCCCCGAGAGCACCGGAAAUGCCUGCGCACUGGACAGAAGAGACUGCACUCAAAGGCCGGGGGCACCGCUCAUUGGGCCGACGCUGGAGGCGUGUCUCGACCCGUUGGGUGAUUGGGCGUGGGCCUAGCAGAGACGGCACCGGCGCGGUGAUUGGACGCUGGGACACAGCGGCCGCGGCGCGCAAUCCGAGGAAAGUCAGUGCAAGCUGCAUGGGACGGCGGCGGCGCAGGGUGGACCGGGGAGCCGCGGUCGGGGCCUUGCCCGAGGCCAUCGCCGCGCUGAGUCGGACGCUGCCCGCUGGGCCCAGCCCCGAGAUCUUCCGCCGCGCCAAGUUCGACCGUCCGGAGGCGGUGAGGCCCGCGGGGCAGGGGGCCGGGUCGGCAGGAGCCGGGGAAGACGCGGGGUGGCGGCCGGCCCAGCUGACUGUCGCUCUUCGAUCCCCGCAGGCCCCGGCGCUCUGGCAGCUGCUCUUUCGCGUACUCUCGCCGCUGUCAGCCGACGGCGCCUCGGCGUCCCCAGCCCAGGGCGAACCCCCAUCUACAGAGGCCCAAGUCCGAGCGGUGAAGUCCGAGCUGCGCUCCCAGGGCUUCCCCAGGCGGGCGCUGGCACAGCUCCCUGAGGACGGCUCCCAGGGCAGUCGCGAGCUCCUGCUGGCCUUGGCCUGGCUUCUGGCCCGCGGGCCCCUGCUCGAGCGGCUGCUGGCCCAGACCCGCGUGCGGCUGGGCGACGAGAUACCCCUGUGCGAGUGUGAAGCCCUGGCCAGGCCUGGCCCCCCUGUACCCCAUGUGGAAGCUGAUGGCCCUGUGGACAUACGCCACUUGCAGUGGCUGAUGGGAAAGCUGCGGUUCCAGUGGCGGAAGCUGAUCACCAGUCAGCAGGAGCAGUGUGCCCUCCUGGGCAAGAUCCACUCAUAUACCCGCGGCUGCCACAGUGACCGCAGCCUUGGCCACCUGUCUGUUGCUGAGACCGAGCUGCUCAGGGACGCGGAGGGCGGCCAGCAGCUGCUUCAGAGGCUGGAGAGCGAGAAUGUGCGCCUGGAGGCAGCCCUGCGUUGGAGGCGCCGGGAGCUGGUCUUCUGGCGGUGGAUGGACACAGUCCUGGGCACCUGCCCUCCAGAGGCCUCGCAGCCCACGUUUGUGCCGCGGAUCCCCGAGCGGGGGGCUGGCGAGUGGGAGCUGGUGGCCCGCGAGCUGCAGGCCCUACAGGAGGAGUUGCGGGGAGCCGCGGAGCCCCGGCGGGCAGCCUGGGAGGCCAGGGUUGGAGGCUGGGGGCCCGAGUGGAGUGCGGUGCAGCGGGCCUCACGGGAGGCCGUGGGACUCGAGCUGGCAGCUCUUCAGCGGGCCUGGGAGCGAGGUGGGGCCGCAGCCCAGCCCCACGGGCCCUGCCGGCUGGUGAAGAGUGACGCCGGAGCCUCGGGGGGCCCAGGCCUGCGGGCGGCCCAGGUGAUUGAGGUGCUGAGGAGCCGGGAGGCCUGCCUGGAGGCAGUGCUGUGCCAGCUGCAGAGACAGUGUCGGCAGGAACUGGCCAGGCUGGCGGGAGCCCUGCCCGGCCUCAUCUGGAUCUUGCCACCCGGUCGUUGAGGCCCUGUGCCCGCCUAGAGGGGGACCUGCCCUGACCUGCCCUGGUUGGGCCUCGGAGGGGCAGAUUUCAGGGUGGUGGCGGGGACGACGCAGACACAGGGCCCCAGGCAUGGUCUCCCUGAGCCCUGGGGCUGUCCCCACCUGGGGCAGAGCCCAGCCCCUUGGCUAGUAAUACUGGGGGCAGGCAUGACAGGCCCAGUGUGGAGUCCAUGGGCCUUCAGGACCAAGAGAGGACCCAGAAAUAAGUCGUAGAGACCUCUCUGCAGGGGUGAGGCUCCGUUCUGGCCCUCCCACUGCCACCCUUCCGGGUUCCUCUCUGGGGCAGGUUGGGGAGGGUCCGGUC